CCCAUCGCACACCUCCUCCGUCCCUCAGCCACCUCUCCCUGUGCCCCAUCCGUGCCCCCACCCCAUACGGUGCCCACUGGCAGCCCAUGCUUCGGAGCCGGUGAGCUGGGUGGGUGCUGUGGGGCACCAUCCCCAUUGGGGCACUGCGCUUGGGGCCAUGCCCACCCCAGGCACUGAGCCGAGCGGUGUGGGGUCAGCUCUUCCCACCCACUGCUGGGACCGAUGCUGCUGCUGAGCCCCUUGAAGGUCUGAGCACUGGAAGCAUGGGCAGCCCCAGCCCCCCCAGCACCCCUUUCUGCCUGCACUACUUCGACAUGCUCUACUCGGAGGACGUCGUGUGGGCUGCCAAAGGGAUGGGGGAGACCUCCCAGAGCGGCGUCCCAGGGGGGCGAGGGGAGGUGAAGAAGGAGCCGGAGCAGUGCCCCAUCAUCGACAGCCAAGGUUUGGGGCUGGGGGGCGAUGGGGAGCUGCAGGGGGGGCUGCCCUUGGAGGAGCACUCGCUGGAGCAGAUGCAGAGCAUGGUGGUGGGCGAAGUGCUGAAGGACAUCGAGACGGCGUGCAAGCUGCUCAACAUUGCUGCAGACCCCGCAGACUGGAGCCCUGGCAACGUGCAGAAGUGGAUCCUAUGGACGGAGCAUCAGUACCGACUGCCGCAGCUUGGGAAGUCCUUCCAGGAGCUGUCAGGGAAGGAGCUGUGCGCCAUGUCGGAGGAGCAGUUCUGCCAGCGCUCGCCCGUCUGCGGCGAUGUCCUGCAUGCACACCUGGACAUCUGGAAGUCGGCUGCGUGGAUGAAGGAAAAAGCUGCCCCGGGGGAUGUGAGAUACUGCGGGGGUGACAGCGGAUGGGCGGACGGCGAGGUGGACUCAUCCUGUGCCGGGCAGCCCAUCCACCUCUGGCAGUUCCUGAAGGAGCUGCUGCUGAAACCCCACAACUACGGACGCUUCAUCCGUUGGCUCAACAAGGAGAAAGGGAUCUUCAAGAUCGAGGACUCGGCGCAGGUGGCGCGACUGUGGGGCAUCCGGAAGAACCGCCCAGCCAUGAACUACGACAAACUGAGCCGCUCCAUCCGGCAGUACUACAAGAAGGGCAUCAUCCGCAAACCCGACAUCUCGCAGCGCCUCGUCUACCAGUUUGUGCACCCGCUCUGAGGGACUGAGCCUCGGGGGCGUGGGGGACUCUCACUGCCCUCCACGACCUCAUCAUCGUCUUCCAGCGCUUUAGGACCGUGGUUGGGGUCAUCCCUGUGGACCGUAGGGACCCUUCUGUCCCCAGAGCCCGUACCUGGAGUGGGGAUGAGCUCAGAGAGCAUGGCUUUGUGCCCAGCUCCAGGGCCAGGACAAUGCAUGGUGUGGAUUUAGGGGCUGCAGGCUGCAAAGAGGGACAUGGAAAUGACAGACAAUGUAUUGAGGAGCUGAGGGGGGGCUGCCUGCAGUCUUGGGAUCGAUGGUGAGAGCGUGCUUGAGGUCACCGGGGCUGCAGCUGGGGACCUGCUGUCCCCAUACACUGCCCUCACUUCUCUACAGCCCUGGGCAUCACCAGGACAUGCCUCCCCCAUAGGAGACCCCAAUAACUCUAUGGCAUCACCUGCCCCAGCACAGGGAGCACCCUGCCCUUGUGCCACCACUGGGCUGGGAUUUGGGGUCAUUCCCCCUUUUUGCCAGCAAACCCUUGAGCUGCAACAGAGCUGCCCCGGAUGAACCCCCAGAACAGCUCUUGGAUGUCGGGGAUGGGGCCAUCCAAAUAUGGGGUGCAGUGGUGGGACCCCACUCCAUCCCUUCCUCCUGGGCACGGGAUGGGGAUGGGGAACAAAGCUGGGCUCACGGCACAAACGAGGACAAUGGCCCUGGCUAUGGGUCGGGCACUGCGGCGCCAGGCAUGUUGGCUUCACCCUGUGGGGUGAGCAUAAGGGAGGGGGAGGUGGGAGGGAGCUGGGGCACCCACCCCCAUCUGCUAUGGGUUCACACCACACAGAGACACGAGGCCCCGGGACAGAUGCAUCCCCCAUCCCUCUGCAAAUAUGGGGGGGUCCCACCUCAAAUCCCACCUCAUGGCUGAGGAUGUGCGCUGUGCACAGGGAGGGACUGCACAACGUGGGACCUCAGCUCCCUCAGCAGCCCCCAUUGAGCCGCACCCCCAGCCCUGGGCAUGGGGACCCCCGGAAUCCCCCAGCCCUCAUCCUCAGCACGGUGCUCUCUGCUGGGUUUGGGAUUCCCCUCCGCCUGUCCUGUUCCUUAGAGAAAGAGACACAGCUCUGCCAUUCCCCUCCAGACACAGAACUGGGGGAUGGUGGGAACUGCACAUUUCACAAAGCUCUGGGCCACCCAGCGAUGUCCACCUUGUAUAUUACAGUUGUUAUUUGUUUGAUUUUCUUCAUGGUUUUGCCUGGCGGUGAGUUGUGCUUUAGGUUCAGGUGGAGAGGGCAGAAGGGAGACCUGAAUCCCUGCGAAAAAAAAUGAUUCAUGCUCAUGUUUCUGCCUGUACCUCCACUGAACUGCCCUUGUCCUGCUGCUGCUCUCCGUGGGCACAGGGGCAGCACUGCGGGGUCAGCCCCAAACCCUGCUGCGUACAUAAGGGAAAAUCACUUUUCUCCCCCCCUCUCCCCCUUUCUCCACCCCCAUUGCUCACAGCUGCUGCUGUUUCCCAGGGCUGCUUGGGACAGGGGCUGGUGACCCACAUGUUGCACCUCCCGUGGGUUUGGGUUUGUAGGAAGUCUCUGCACGCCGUGCCAGAACCUCAGGGCUUUCCCACCUCCCACUUUCCCCAGUAUAGCUCAGGAUCCCAUUGCCUUCACUGGGAAUGCUCUCCACCUGGUUUAUCUCAGAUCCCCCUGAGGGCUUUGCAAGGCUUUGCCCCAUGGCUUGGCCCAUCCCACAGGGUGUGCUCCCCUUCCCACAGCCCCCCAGCACGAUCCACAGCUCCCUGUGCCAUUUCCCAGCUGACCCCAAAGG